AUGUCAGCUUGCAAUAUUGUGCAUGUGCCUUUAAAAAAGACAAUAUGGAAGGACAAAAAGUGAUGUAGGAGUAAUGACAGCGUGCGAGAAAAUUAGCGUUCGAUAUAAAAACCUGAUUUACUGAACUUACAAGCAUUACACUUGAAACUGUCGAUUGCACCUAUCGCUUUCACACAGUGAAGAAUGUUUAGAAAGAAUCGAAAUAUAAAAUAUUUUCUCAGUCUUGUACCGGGAAAGCGACGCUUUGGGGUGUACAGAUUUUUACCGUUCUUUUUCUGCAUCGGAGGCGUGAUGGAGUGGAUAAUGAUCAACGUUAGAAUAGGAAAAGAAACAUUUUAUGAUGUCUACCGAAGAAAACGUUCAGAGAGGGAAUACCAAAGGAAAAUCGAUGAGGGAAUGACUGAACUCACUGAGUCAACACCCAAAUGAUCAAGAAUAUCCUCAGGAAAUGGACACAGUUCAGUUGACAGUUCAAUGAACAUAAUUCAGAGAACGCAAUAGUAUGAGUAACCUAUAAAUUCAAUGUCACGCUGUUGUUUAUUCAUAACGGUCUCUGUUAUUCAGACCCAUCAACAUAUACCUGUCUGUUAAUCAACAAACAAAAAGACAGAAAAAGAGAAGCCUCGUCUAUGAUGACGUCUAUGUGGAUGAUACCCUCCUUAAAGAUACAUAUCUGUGUUCAAUGCAAAGACCAGUUAUCCAGAUACCAGAGUACACAUAAUUGUAGGUGUGGUUUUAAAAAAGUAUAAUCAGUAUCAACCCUGAUCCACAAUUUUCUUUCGGUUAUGCCAAAUAUGUUACCAUGUAGGCCUUAAUUUCAGUCAACAUUUGGGCAGCUGGGUCGGUGAUUGAGUAAUGAAAAUUAAAUUAAAUGUGAAUUUAUUG